AAAACCCUCCAAUAAUUACGAAAACGCCACUGCUCUCUCGUCGGGGCUCCGGUGAGGCCGUUUGGCCGGAAUCUGACAAGGAUAUGGAUGUUGGAGUGUCUCCGGCGAAGUCUAUACUUGAGAAACCUCUGAAACUUCUCACUGAAGAGGACAUUUCUCAGCUUACUCGCGAAGAUUGCCGCAAAUUCCUCAAAGAGAAAGGAAUGCGCAGGCCUUCGUGGAACAAAUCUCAGGCGAUCCAGCAAGUUUUAUCCCUUAAAGCUCUCUAUGAGCCUGGAGACGAUUCCGGCGCCGGAAUCCUCCGCAAGAUCCUCGUUUCUCAGCCGUCAAAUCCGCCUCGGGUUUCAACAACGUUGAUUGAGCCAAGCAACGAGCUCGAAGCUUGUGGCCGGAUUCCAGAAGAUGACGGCGUGUGCCAUAGAAGGGAUUCUCCAAGAUCAGCUGAGUUCUCUGGUAGUUCUGGUCAGUUUGUUGCGGAUAAAGAUAGCCACAAGACUGUUUCCCCCAGAAGCCCAGCUGAAACAAGUGCGCCGGUUGGGCAAAUGACGAUAUUCUACAGUGGCAAAGUGAAUGUAUAUGAUGGAGUACCACCUGAAAAGGCGCGGUCAAUCAUGCACUUUGCAGCUAAUCCAAUUGAUUUGCCUGAAAAUGGUAUUUUUGCUUCUAGUAGAAUGAUUUCGAAGCCCAUGAGUAAAGAGAAGAUGGUGGAGGCUCCCCAAUAUGGCCUUGAAAAGACAGCUGCUUCUCGUGAUUCCGAUGUGGAGGGUCAGGCGAACAGAAAAGUGUCGUUGCAAAGAUAUCUUGAAAAGCGGAAAGACAGAAGAUUCCCUAAGACUAAGAAGGCUCCAGGAUUUGCGUCCUCUAGCUUGGAGAUGUUUCUGAAUCGUCAGCCACGAAUGAACGCUGCAUAUUCACAAAACCUUAGUGGCACAGGGCUCUGCGAGUCACCUGAAAAUCAAACAAAAAGCCCCAAUCUCUCAGUUGAUCUAAACAGUGAUCUAAACAGUGAAGGCAUAACGAGGAAGACGAUGGGUGAAGCGAUCAAGGAUGGAAGAGAAGAAGUGAUUGAGGCUUGGUACAUGGAUGAUAGUGAAGAGGAUCAGAGACUUCCUCACCAUAAGGAUCCUAAAGAGUUUGUAUCUUUGGACAAACUUGCAGAGCUGGGAGUACUUAGCUGGAGACUUGAUGCUGAGAACUACGAAACUGAUGAGGAUUUGAAAAAGAUCCGCGAAUCUCGUGGUUACUCUUACAUGGACUUUUGUGAGGUAUGCCCGGAAAAGCUUCCAAACUAUGAAGUGAAAGUAAAGAGCUUUUUCGAAGAACAUUUGCACACUGAUGAAGAGAUCCGUUACUGCGUUGCAGGAAGCGGUUACUUUGAUGUGAGGGAUCGCAAUGAAGCUUGGAUUAGAGUAUGGGUAAAGAAGGGAGGUAUGAUAGUCUUACCUGCUGGAAUAUAUCAUCGUUUCACUGUGGACUCCGACAACUAUAUCAAGGCAAUGCGGCUUUUUGUGGGUGAACCGGUGUGGACACCAUACAAUCGGCCACACGACCAUCUUCCUGCAAGGAAAGAAUAUGUCGAUAACUUCAUGAUCAACGCCUCCGCUUAGAGAACUGUCUCUCUCUCUCUCUCUCUCUAUCUGGCUUUCUGAAAUCAGGAUCUAUAAACAAGGCCUACAAUAAAGAAAGCUUUCCUCU